AUGGCAGCCUCCGCUGCGGGCCUCAUUUCUUUCUUCCUUGUUGUGGUUUUGUUCAUUACGCGGCGAGGUAGCAGCAGCCGGCAAAGUGGGAGGUGCAGGGCGGGCGGAGCGGCGCGUCUCGUCAUAUUACGCCGUAAGGGGGAUUGGAAGGAGACAGCAGGAUUCCCGUCUUUCUUUUUGGUCGUGAUGUGGAGGGAACUGUAUACAAGCGCGUGUGCCGAUUCUGCCGUGACGCCGCGAGGGGAACUCCUCGCGCUGGAGGGCGGCACGGUGCGGUUGUGCGGCAACACUUUUGGCCGCUUCCACCAACGCAUCACGGACGAUGAGGUUGUGGCCCUGUCGGAGACGUGCGCACGACUACCGCUCGUGGCGGAGCUGCACCUCGAAUACAACGAGGUGUCAUCGCGCGGGGCCACUGCACUUGCUGACGCCAUGCAGAACGGCUUCCGCAGCCUGCAGUACCUGGACGUGUCGCACAACGCCAUCGACGCGGAGGGGGCCAACGCCCUUGCCGCCGCCGCCACAACCCACGAGGCUCUAAGUACGCUUCUGCUGCGCAGCAACCCCAUCGGCGGCGCCUGCGGUCCAUUCAUGGAGAGGCUGUUACAGAGUGAUGAUAGGGGCAACAGUAGCCUCCUUGCGACGCUCGAUCUUGAGAACACGGAGCAGGACAUGAAGUCGCUCGUGCGCAUCGCGCGAGGAUUGGCACGGAACUCGACACUGACAACCCUGAACCUGGGACGGCCACUCAUGAACAAUCCGGACGAUGUCGCUUGUGUGGUGCGCCACCUUGCGCUCGCGCUGAAGGAGAACACGACGUUGCAAACUUUGGGCAUGAGCCACUUCAACAUGACCGACGAUGACCUCAGACUGCUCUGCUCGCCUCUCCGCAGCUCCGCUGUCGUCUGCCUCUCGCUGAAGGGCAACAAACUCUCUCAGGACUCGGGCGAGACGCUGGCAACGCUGUUGACGCAACGACCGGAUUUCAUCUCCCUGGACGUCACCGCCAACCGGCUGCGUGACGUGGGCGCCGUGUCUCUUGCGUCGGCUAUCGCUUUGCAUCCCGGCUUGCGUGCACUUCACAUUGGCAGCAACACUAUUGGUGGACGCGGCAUCUCCGCCAUUGCGAAGGCCGUGGAAACGAACACCUCCCUCACAUCGCUGCGUCUCUGGGGAAAUGACUUCUCGGAUGAAUCGGUGGCCGAAUUGUAUGCCCUCCGCGGUAAGAUUGACUCCCUACCGGAGAAGGACAUUAGUUUUUAUGUUGUAGAUGGCCGCCCGAUGUUGGCGCGUGAAUGA